CGAACUCCGUCAGAAAGCCAAUCAGCGAAGAAACAGAAAGACAGAAGGAAUGGCGUCUAGGGUUGCUCUGAAGGUUGGCGGCAAGGGGAAGAACAGCGGCAAGGGAGGGCGAGGCGGCGAGGGGAAAUCAAGGACGGAGUGCUUGAAGGAGUGGACGGAUUGGAGCCUGCACAAGGCCAAAGUCAUCGCUCACUAUGGCUUCAUCCCUCUCAUCAUCGUGAUCGGCAUGAACUCCGAUCCCAAGCCGCAGCUCUACCAGCUCCUCAGCCCUGUUUGAUCUUUGAUACUCUCUUCGCAUCUUAUGGAUCAUCCCAUCCCAAGCUUCCUCGCCUGUUAGGUUUUCGCUAUCCCUAUUUGUCGAAAUCGACUUUUCGUUUGAGUUUCAAUUAGGGUUUUCCAUAAAAGUUUUGAUUCCGAACUAAUUAGCAAAGAGAUCGUCUGUAUGUGACUGCUUUGUUUAUGUAAUGUUGUUUGCUCGCUCGAAUGGGAUGGAUCCGUGCCAGUCACCCUGCAAUUCGUACACUUUGGUUUGUCUACUCCUGCUUGCUUUUGUUGUUUGAAGCUCAAUAAUACUUGUUGGCUGACAGCACCCUGCAAAUCAGCCCUUUAUUUGUUACUUUGUGCUAAAUGUUGAACCCUAGAAAUGGAGGAUUACCUUUCAGUGGUGAUUUUGAUUUGUGGUGCUCUCUAUGAUUCACAUGUCAGUCAGUGUGUGUUUGUCGAGUAGGAAAGCUGGUUGAGCCGAGAGUUGAGACUCGUUUUCUCCAGCCUCUUCCGCUGCUGCUAUCUAUAUAUGUCAUACAACUAACUCUUUCUGGAGGCUGCCGCAAUGGCAACAGCAUCCCAUUUGGCUAUAGACAGCCGGUCACAUCUUCCGUGAACUCGUAUCUCACGUCGGCCCUGAAUUUCUGCCAGCGAGAUCGACCCCAACUGUAGUGCUGCUAUUCCUCCAGAAGGGAUGUAUAGUAUUGUACCAAAUAAUGAUUCACCCUUGUAUUUUCCUGUGGCGUUUCGUCGGCCAUACCAACUCCGACGAGUUGGAGGAUCAGGCUGCUGAUGUUAUUUCCCCCGGUGUAUCAGAGUACGGGACACUUAACUGGACAGCCUCAAGUGACCUUAGUUUCCCACCCUUGGUACUAUUUGUGGCAAACAUCUCUUUCCACCAUGGUAAUGGUUCUAUCGUUACUUCUCUGGUAAAAGUCACUCACCAAGAAGAGGUAAAAACUUGUAGCAAGAAAAGGCGAUUACAAAAAGUUUAUUUCAAAAGAUGUAGUGAAUUCCAUUAUGGUAUAUAAGAACUAUCGUAGUUUGUUUAUGCAAAUGAAAUACAGAAUCAAGU